AUGAGCCCUCGAACGCAGCUUAUCGUUGGGAAGGUCUUCGAGGAAGCCAGGCUCCCAGCAGGGGUUCUCAAUUUCGUCUCUUUCUCGAAAGAGGACGCGCCUAGUUUGACCGCGGAAAUUGUUGCGAACCCCGCUUUUGUUGGAAGCGAUCGUGUGGGGAGGAUUGUCGCGAUGGAGGCGGCGAAGCAUCUGAAGCCCUGUGUCUUGGAACUCGAUGGAUUGAAAGACACCAGCUGUUGUAUUGGACGAUGCGGACAUCCACGAAGCCGCGAAGCCGCGAAGGCCAUUGUUCAGGGCGCUAUGUGCAAUCUGGCCAGGCCUGCAUAUCGACCGAAAGGGUCAUUGUGCAAAGCGGCGUCGCGGACCGCCUUAUCAGCGCCGUCAAGAGACUUUGCGCAUCUUGGAAAGCUGGAGAUGUUGUCAAUGAUUCUACCGUUCAGAUAUGCGCUCUUUUACAUCGACAACAUUCUUGAGAUGAUUAGAGACGCGGAGGCGGAUGGCGCGGAAAUCAAUCUUGGAGAUUUGAUGAAGGACGGGAGGCAAACACCACGGAAUAUUCAAUACUCUCUAGCGGCAUCUCUCUGGACGAGUGAUAUUGCUUUUGUGCAGCAGAUUGCCGAACGAAUGCGUUCCGGCGCCCGUGAAAAAGGAUACGUCAACAUUAAUGGGACGAAACUCCACGUAGAACCUAUAGAUGGCUUACAGGGACUAGGUGGUUCAUCUGAUAUGAUCGCUUCCAUGUCGAAAACUUCCAUAAGCGUGUUAUAG